AUGCUAAACUGUCCGGCCACAUUGACAGCAAUGGAGGCUCGACCGAGCGGAGUCAGAGGGGGCAGUUGGAAAAGAAGCAACCGAGGUGGAACCAACAGCGACAGUGUCGGUGGCGAACACCGGGGAAGAGGGAGGGGAGCCCAGCAGCGCGGCCGCGGUAAAAGGGACCACUACCGCGGCCGUGGACGCGGGGGAAGCGGCCACUCAGCGGAGUUCCACCAACGACAGGAUCAUGAUGAGGGGGGGAACUUUCACGAGGAAGACGACAAGGUGGAGGUUUUCUCCAGGAGGAAACUGGCUUCAAACUGGGACCGUUAUGAGGCCUCAGAGAGGAAAGAGCCCGAUGACGACAUGCCCACUCAGAGGGGAACCGACUACCACGUCCUGCUGGAGUCUGCAGGGGAUUCCUUCACUCAAUUCCGAUUCUCCGAAGAGAAGGACUGGGAGACGGACUCGUCUCCGGCCUGUCAGAUGUCUGCCGUGUUCGUGGACCUCCCAGCGCUCGCCCAGAGCCUCCAACAAGUGCCUCUCCACCAGAGACUCAACCUGGAGGCUGAGCUGCUUCAGGUCUCGACCCCAUUAGAACUGCCCGCUCUGACCCUCGCGCUGAAACAGGCGAAGCCCAAAGCGGCCGCUCUCACUCCUCCGUCUGCGGCUUUGAAAACCAUCAUCGCCGACCAGGAAGUCCCCGUGGCUACAAACCCAGCGUCAAGCGCCGACUCACCGGGUUCCUCCGUCGCUGCAGAGCCUCCGGUGGAGGAUGGUGGUGGUGGUGAUGAUGAUGAUGGUGAUGGUGAUGAGGAGCUGGACCAGCUGCUCAGUUUACAGAAACCAGUCUGGGAUGUUUCAGGAAGCCAGUCCCUCCGUGUCGCAGAUGAGGAGAGGGCGCCUCCAAAGGAAACGUGUGAGCAGGUGGAGGAGACGGAGGAGGCGAUGGAGGAGGUGAAAGACCAAGAUGUCCGUACACCACCAGAGUCGACUUCUGCCAGACAGGAAGUGACAGAGGAAGACCUUGAGGACUGGCUCGACAGCAUGAUCUCCUGACCAGCAGCUGAUUAAUGUGUGUGUGUGUGUGGAAAUGUUCCUGUUGCAUUUCAUUUUCUUAGAGAAUAAUUUGUUCCUUGUGAAAGUUACACUUUGCAGGAUCGUCGCGGUUCGAGGAAUCUCAGUUGCAGAAAGUGACGGAGAGAAAGUGAAAUGUUGCUUUAUUGCGUCAAUUGCUUUUAUUCAUAUCCUCCCCCCCUCAUCAAAAGAAAUGCAGUUUCCCAAAGCUACUACGUACAAACAAAGAGCCAUACAAUAGCAGUGAACCGUUUUGUCGUCAAUACACCUUUGAACUGUG